ACCAUCGUGAUGCGGUCUUUCGUCGUGGUUGUAUUGUUGACAGUGCUGAACUUGUGUUUACCUCUGUACCACGAUCAGUUCGCUUUGCAUAUACCAGAUGGGUCGCAGUAUGCGGAUGAUUUAGCCCAUAAACAUGGCUUUAUCAACCAUGGACAGAUUGGAAGUUUAAAGAACUUUUUUCUGUUUUCACAUCCACAAAUUAGUAAGAGGUCUAUAAAUGCAAGUUAUGAUUAUAUGAAUCGAUUAAAAAAUGACCCACAGGUGAGAUGGGUGAUGCAACAACGAGAGUUGAGAAGAACCAAAAGGGACCACCAAUGGAAGCCGCGUCAAAUAAUACGGCAAUCCAACGCACCUUCCUUCCCAGACCCGUUGUUCAAAGAACAAUGGUAUUUGAAUGGCGGCGCAGCGGGAGGUUUAGAUAUGAAUGUAGGUUACGCUUGGAGAAAAGGAUACACGGGAAAAGGGGUCGUUAUAACAAUAUUAGACGACGGCAUACAACCUAAUCAUCCGGAUUUAAUACAGAACUAUGAUCCAGCAGCUUCUACUGAUAUAAAUGGUAACGAUACAGAUCCGACGCCGCAAGACAAUGGUGAUAAUAAACACGGUACUCGGUGUGCCGGAGAAGUGGCGGCUGUUGCUUACAAUCGAUAUUGUGGCGUUGGUAUUGCAUACAACGCUAGUAUAGGAGGCGUUAGAAUGUUAGACGGCUUAGUAAAUGACGCUGUCGAAGCUCAGGCACUCGGUUUUAAUACUCAUCAUAUAGAUAUUUAUAGUGCCUCUUGGGGACCCGAGGAUGACGGAAAGACUGUUGAUGGUCCUGGUCCAUUAGCUAGAAGAGCUUUUAUUAAUGGUGUGACAAAUGGAAGAGGAGGAAAAGGUUCUAUUUUUAUAUGGGCUUCUGGUAAUGGAGGAAGGCAUACUGAUUCUUGUAAUUGUGAUGGAUAUGCGAAUAGUAUAUUUACCAUUUCGAUAUCGAGUGCAACACAAGGCGGAUAUAAGCCUUGGUAUUUAGAAGAAUGUUCAUCUACAUUAGCAUCGACUUAUAGUUCUGGGACGCCAGGAAGAGACAAGAGUGUCGCAACCGUAGAUAUGGAUGUACAGUUAAGGCCAGAUCAUAUUUGUACGGUAGACCACACUGGUACGUCUGCAUCCGCGCCUUUAGCUGCGGGAAUAUGUGCUUUAGCUUUAGAAGCAAAUCCUCUUAUAACUUGGAGAGACAUGCAACACCUUAUUGUUAUGACAUCUAGGUCACAACCUUUAGAGAAAGAGGAAGGUUGGAUUGUAAAUGGUGUGAAAAGAAAAGUGAGCCAUAAAUUUGGAUAUGGUCUAAUGGAUGCUGCUCAAAUAGUAUCAUUGGCUGAACAAUGGGUAAAUGUUCCUCCACAGCAUAUUUGUAAGUCUCAGGAGAUAAACGAAGACAAAUCAAUUGAGACCUCCUUUGGUUAUACGAUAUCUGUACAUAUGGAUGUAAAUGGUUGCAGUGGAACAAUGAAUGAAGUGAGAUAUUUGGAACAUGUUCAGUGUAAAAUAUCGUUAAGUUUCUUUCCGAGGGGAAAUUUAAGAAUUUUACUAACAUCACCCAUGGGAACCACUUCUACUCUUUUAUUUGAAAGAACACACGAUGCAACGAGUUCCAAUUUCGAUGACUGGCCGUUUUUAAGCGUACACUUUUGGGGAGAGAAUGCCGAAGGCAGAUGGACUUUGCAAAUUAUAAACGCCGGGAACAAUCACGUCACUCAAAUUGGCGUGCUUAAGAAGUGGCAGCUAAUAUUCUAUGGUACAGCAACAAAUCCAGUAAGAGUACGCAACAAGAGCUAUUUUAAUUCCAAUAAUUUGUUUGAGAAUCAAAAGAACUAUCACUUAAACGAUGUGUACGAUGCUUCAGAAUAUUCACAAUUUUUAAAUGAGAUUGAAUUAGGCCUUUCUGAUAGGAGAAGUAAUAGUAAUAACAUUCCGUCAGCACAGCGUAAAAAUGUACUGGCAGACGCGAAUGAUAAACAAGUACAAAGAAUGUGUGAUCCUGAAUGCGAUUCUCAAGGAUGCUAUGGGAAAGGUCCUACACAAUGUGUUGCUUGUAAACAUUAUCGAUUAGACAAUUCAUGUGUAUCAAGAUGUCCACCCAGAAGUUUCGUUAACCAAGGUGGGGUAUGCUGGCCUUGCCAUGAGUCGUGUGAAACUUGCGCUGGUGCUGGUCAAGAUUCUUGUUUAACUUGUGCACCAGCUCAUUUACUGGUAACCGAUCUAGCAGUAUGCUUACAACAGUGUCCGGACGGUUACUACGAAGACCCUGAUGCUAAUGCUUGCUUCCCUUGUGCUGAACAUUGUGACACAUGUGCGGAUAAAGCGGAUUUAUGUUCGUCGUGUGCUCAUAGUUACGUUCUUUUUAAUGGAUCAUGCUUAGCGUCCUGUCCACCUGGAACUUAUCAAAAGGAUGAUUUUGGAUGUGUUCAAUGUCACGAAAGUUGCGAAUCUUGUAGCGGACCUAAUGCUACUCAAUGCGUUUCCUGCCGUAUUGGAGAUUUUGCAUACAAAAAUCGUUGUGUUCCACAAUGUGCAGUUGGAUUCUAUCCAGAUAUUCAAAGAAGGGAAUGUUUACCAUGUUCUACAGGAUGCGCGGUAUGUUCGUAUACAGUAUGUACACUUUGCAAAGAAAAAUGGGCAUUAUCUAAGGGAGGGAAAUGUCUCCCUGAUGGUAGUAAUAAAUGUGACACUAGCGAAUACUUCGAAGGCGGUCGCUGCAAAAAUUGCCAUUCCACUUGUGAGAAAUGUAGCGGACCGAAUGAAUGGGAUUGUUUGUCGUGCUCCAGUCCUUUACUACUUCAAGGUACUAGAUGCGUGGCAGAAUGUGGACAAGGAUUUUAUCAAACAGCUGGUAGAUGUUCUAAAUGUCCGCAUACAUGCUCUGCGUGCGUAUCAAGACUGAACUGUACAUCUUGUGCUGGUUCUUUAAGAUUACAAUCGGGAACUUGUAGAGGAAUUUGCGCAGCAGGAUACUACCCUGAUGAUGGGAUUUGUUCCAAAUGUUAUCUCUCAUGCCAGACUUGUACUGGUCCGAGAAGGGAUCAGUGCGCGUCUUGUCCUCCAGAUUGGAGACUAGCGGCUGGUGAAUGUAGACCGGAAUGUCCUCAGAACUUCUUUACGUGGGGGGAGAGCUGUCGGCGUUGUCAUCAUUACUGUCAAGACUGUCAUGGAGCAGGUCCCCAGCGUUGUACAUCGUGUCCUCGUCACUUUUCUUUAGAGAACGGUUUAUGUAUCGAAUGUCUCAGCUCUCAGUUCUAUGAGCCAAGGUCUAGAACUUGUCGUCCCUGUCAUGAGUCUUGUCGGUCUUGUUCUGGACCGGGACCUACGAGCUGUGUUACAUGCGCUCAUCCACUGAGAUUAGAUAGAGUAAAUCAUAAGUGCUUACCGUGCUGUAUGGAAAACGUUUCAUCCAUGUUUCUAAUGAUAAACGAAACAAUGGACUGUUGUCAUUGUCACAAAGAUAUUGGCGGCUGUUUAAAUGGUACUUCAGCUGGGAAACGUCGCAUUGCAGAAAAUAUUAGAACUCAUUUGACUGCAUCUUUCUAUGUUGAUGAUGCGAAGGACCCGCCUAGUAUUCUACAGUUGGAUCGAGAUCUAGUGUUAGCGUGGUGCGUGGGUGCAACUGUAGGCGUUGUUGUCGCCACUAUACUUGUCAUAAUGCUAAGAACAAGGAAUAAAAAACAUCUAACAUUGUUUCCAAAAACAAUGUAUUCCCAACUAACCACAGUCGAUGAGGACUUGGUGAAGCUCGCAACAUCUUCAACGAAGUUAAAAGUGACGCCAAUCGAAAACGUUGAAAUGAGAAAUACUGUAACGGAUAUAGAAGAACCAACAUAGCAUUUAAAUAAUACGUUAAUUACACCACUGACUGAUAUGUAGUUGUUUUAAAUAUAGAUAAAAAAACGAUACGUUAAUUUUUGUACAAUAAUUUCAAGGUUAGAUGACUUUUA